AGAGAGUGUAUACUUUUAAAUAAGGAAAAAAGAAGAGGAGCUUUUCAUUUACUUUGUUUAUACAUUAAAAAUCAACAGUUUGUUGGAGCUUUUUGACUACAUGGGUGAGGAAAAGGAGAACAAAGGGGAGGAGGUAAAAAAGGAGGAGGAAAAGAAAGAAGAAGUAGAGGAAAAGAAAGAAGAUGAAAUUCAAGAAAUUGUGCUCAAAGUUGAUAUGCAUUGUGAAGCUUGUGCAAGAAAAGUUGCUAGAUCCCUCAAAGGUUUUCAAGGAGUGGAGGAAGUAACGGCAGAUUCUAAGGCUAGCAAAGUGGUGGUAAAAGGAAAAAAUGCAGAUCCUCUCAAAGUGUGUGAAAGAAUUCAAAAAAAAAGUGGUAGAAAAGUGGAAUUAAUUUCACCUUUGCCAAAGCCACCAGAAGAAAUUAAAAAAGAUGAAAAGAAAGAGGAAUUGCCCAAAGAAGAGAAGAAAGAUGAGCCUCCUCCAGUCAUAACAGUGAAGAUGACAGUUCAGAUGCAUUGUGAUGCAUGUGCACAGGUACUGCAGAAACGAAUCCGGAAAAUACGAGGUGUUGAAUCUGUAAUGACAGACCUAGGAAACAAUCAAGUUGUAGUAAAAGGUGUCGUUGAUCCAGAGAAGUUGGCAAACGACGUGUAUAAGAGGACAGGGAAGCAAGCUAUAGUAGUGAAGGAGCAAGAGGUAAAAAAGGAAGAAGAGAAGAAAGAAGAAGAGAAAAAAGUGAAAGAAGAAGAAGAAAAGAAAGGUAAUGAAGAAGAAAAAGGCACAGAGGAAGAUGAUAAGACAACAACAGAUAUCAAGAAAAGUGAAUAUAUGCAUCAAAGGGACAACCUUUUCAUGGAGUAUGCUAAUUAUCCCCCUCAGAUUUUCAGUGAUGAAAAUCCUCAUGCUUGCUUUGUCAUGUAACCUUUUCGGUUACUCAGUAUCAUCAGUGGCGUAAUCAGAAUUUCAAUUUCAUUGCAUGUGGCACAAUUUUCAAUAUGUUCUAGUCUAGUAUAUGCUAAUAAAGAUUUAUUAAAUUGGCUAUUUGAGAGAUUUUUCUCUAUCCAAUAAUUUUGGUGUUUUGGUGCUAUUAGUUGUUGAACAAGAUGUACAUACUUUAAAAGUUUUAAACUUUUGAGCUUAUGGUGAUAAUGUUUAUCUCUCCCUA